AUGUUGACUUUAGAUGAUGAUCUUAAGUUAGUCAUUUUAGAAUAUCACAAUUAUCAUUUAUCUAUAUCCUUAGAACACUCUAUAGACAAAACAUGGAAUUAUUUUCAAAGCUUGAUUCCACAACUAACCAAACAUGCCCUUCAAUUGAUCGUUGAUUCGCAAGGUGUGAUUCGUAAGAAUUCAAUUAGUCGACUAAAUGAGUACACUAUUUUGGAGUACUUGAUCAAGUUAUGGACUCCGGAGUUGGAUCUUAAUGAUGUGAUUGAUUUGGUAGCUAAUUUGAGUUCCAUCUCCCCAUUGAACCAGGACAAUGUUAUUAAUGGGGUUGAAAGGUAUGAGGACUUGUCUAGAUCACUUACUAUUGAAGAACAAGUUUCGGCUAUUUUUGAAAAGUCGUAUUCAAAUAAUGAUAUCUACUACUUGGAUGAAAUAAAUUUCCCUGUGAACGGGGAGAUGACCACAAUCACAUUCCUGGGGAACCUUUCCGGUACUGAUUUCUUGGAUCCGCUAGUGGUUACAUCUAGUGUUACAGAAACAUUCAAUUACUAUCCCACUGGUCUAUUAAACCCAUAUCAUCUAUAUAUCUAUUUGCUAAGAUUGAAUUUCCAGUUGCAAUUGCAGGGCAGGAAAAUUUUAUUAGUUCUACAUAACAACUGUUGGAUGAAUAGGUUUUUUACCAAUAUUGAGAUACUUUACAUUAGCAAACAACUAGAUGGGUAUUACUAUAAAGAUGGUAUGAAGUUUCCUGGCGACUAUGGUUUGAAGAAUUGGUUAAGACAGUCGUUGAGCCACACUGAUAUUAUUCCUAAUCUUCUUUUUAAUUACAACCAAUUGAUCCAAAAACUAAAGUCAGAUCCCGUGAUGUAUAAAUUUAACCAGCUUUGUAUUGGGAAAGCAUUGGAUACUGUUGGAAACGAGUCUUUGGAUAAUUAUCCCAUUAAGUUUGAAAAUGGUAUUUUUGUCGUUGAGGGAGAAACGAGGGGCGACGAGUUUAUACUAGACUAUCAUUAUAGUAUUAAGGAUGUUAUUUCGAUUAUGCUUAGAUUGAACAAUUUUGAGAAGUUCACCCCGUCACUGCCAAAUAUGGAUUGGGAUAAAGUAAGUGAUGUUUUUGUGAACGAAAUAUUCCCUUCAAUCAGGAAUAGUGACUUGUACUUUAAGUUUGCUAUUCUAUAUAAUGAGUUGCAUAUAAAAAAUGAUCAAAGUGCUAUUGAUAGGCUGAUUCAACCACCGGAAGUGUUUUCUAUUCCUCCGGAUCAUGUGACUUUGGUUGAUUUGAUUUGUAAGAUCGACGAUAGCUUUAAACGAACGGUUGACAAAUCUCAUUUACUAUCAACAUUGCAUCCUGAAAAGAGUGGUCCUAGUUUGGUGAGUUCGAAAGAUGAGGAUACGAGUGCUUCAGAAAGUGAAGAUGAAUCUAGAAAGCGACCAAAUGAUUCUGAAGAGGAAGUUCGUACAAUCAAGAAAUCAAAAAUAUUGCAAUUAUUGGAAAAGAAUGACUUGCAUUUUGUUGACGCAUUUGAAGAAGAUGAAGAUGAGGAGUCUGAGGAAAGUGCUGACGGUGUAGAUGAUUUGCUUAAUGACUCGUUUGCUGGAAAGAUCAAGAGGUCUAAGUAUACUCCGCAUACAAGUGCUAAUGCAUCGAUAGUUAAUGGCACGGGUUCUCUGUCGAACAAUACACCCCAAUCAAACACGCCAGUACCAAAAGACAACCCUGUUAAUAACCCCAACGUCCCAACGACUAGUGUUGACAAUUCCCAUCAAACAGGUAAACUUGGCAUGUUGAAAUCGUUGAUAGAUUUACACCCACCGACCUCAACUAAACUUAUUGCUAGUGGAUUUAGUUUUUCCUUGCCAAAAAAUACAAAGUUGUCUAGAAAUUUCGAUGGCAGUGAUGAAAGUUCUGAAGAAAGCACAUCGAGUAUUACAAGUGAUGAUGGAGACCAAUCUGAAACUGUGACGACCACAUCAAGAAUUGAUGAUAUUGAUUCUCUGGAAAAACGUGGUGCUUCCAACCAAACCCAACCAAGCGAACCAAAUGUACGCCGAGUCUCUGAAACAUCUGAUGCUCCAAAUAAUAAUGUGUCAGUGAAUGUUAAUGAGACUCAAAUGGGUCCUGAAAAGGAACAUGAACCUUUACCUGAAGGUAAAACUGAAGUUUAUGGUGAAGGAGAAGUUGAAAUUACAGAAAAAACUGAAACUGAAACUGAAACUGAAGUCAAUGCUGAAGAUAAAAUGGAGGUUGAAUCUGAGCAAGUUGAAUCGGAAGAUGAAGUUGAAGCUGACGACGAGUCGGAAAGUGAAUCUGAAAGUGAAUCUGAAAGUGAGUCUGAAAGUGAUUCAGGAAGCGAAUAUGUUGAUGAAUCCUCAGAAAUUUCUUCGUUCAAGAACGAAAGGAGAGCCAUUCGGAAUGUUCGUAGACCACCUGCUAUAAUUUCAGAUAGCUCAGCUUCUAGCGGUGACGAAGAAGUUGUCGAUAACCCGAGAGCCCCUGUUAUAGAUACAGAUGACUCGUCUUCGAACAGUGAUGAGGAAGUUGUCAAUAACCCAAAAGCAUUCACAAAGGUCUCGGAUGAUUCGUCUUCUAACAGUGAUGAGGAAAUUGCUAGUAACUUUACAAAAAAGUCUGAUGGUUCAUCUUCUGGCAGUGAUGAAGAAAUUGUUGAUAAGCCACAAUCCCCUGCAAGAGUGUCCGAUCACUUAUCUUCUGGCAGUGAUGGAGAAAUUGUUGUUAACCCAGAAACACCUGCUAUGGAUAUAGAUGACUCAUCUUCUGGCAGUGAUGAAGAAAUUUUUGAUCAGCCGGAAUCCCCUAAAAGGGUGUCAGAUCAAGCAUCUUCGAGCAGCAACCAAGAAAUUGUCGAUAACCCAGAAACCGCUACAAAAAUUUCAGAAUCUUCUAGUAGUGAAGAAGAAAUUGCCAAUAAUCCAGAAACUCCUACUAUGGAUAUAGAUGAAUCAUCUUCUAGUAGUGGUGAAGAAAUGGCUAGUAACACAAGCAAAGUGUCGGACGGCUCGGCUUCUAGUAAUGAUAAAGAAGUUGCCAAUAACCCUACAAAGGUAUCAGAUGGUUUGGCUUCUAGUAAUGACGAAGAAAUUUCCAAUAAUCCAGAAACCCUUACAAAGGUUUCAGAAGACUCAUCUUCUAGCAGUGAUGAGGAAGCCAGCGACUCUGCUGUUAUGUUAGAUGGCACAUCUUCUGGUAGUGACACCGAAAGUUCCACUAACCCAGAAACACCUCCUAAAUUGAAUCAGAAGCAACCAAUUGCAAACGCUGGUGGUGAUAAGAAUGUUUCAAACAAGUCAGAAAUUAUGGUUGCACCGUUGCCAAUAGCAACUCCACGUGUGCAAGGUUUGGCGUUGACUCCAACUGCAAGUACAAGACGUGCUAAAAUGGUUUUGAGUAAAGAAUUUGUUCUGGAUAGUGAUGAUAUCACAGAUGAGGGAUCAAAUGCAAAUGAUGGUAUCGAGAAGGAUAAAGAUGAUGUAAAUUUGAAAUCCAUUCCUGUCAAGAAGGCUAAUGAUCCAACUGUGUCUAUGUCUGAAAAAGUGCCACAACCAGAUAGUAAGGAUAGUCUGAGUGAAUCAAGUGACGAUUCUGAGUCCAGUGAAUCUGGGUCAGGAUCUGAUUCUAGUGAGUCAAGUGACGAUUCUGAUUCCAGUGAAUCUGGGUCGGGAUCUGAUUCAGACUCAAGUGAUGAGUCAAUGGAUUCGUCUGAUGAAGAGUCGUCUGAGUCCAGCUCUAGUGAUGAAUCUCCAGCAGUCAAGAAACCUGAAUUGAAAACAACUGGAUCUAAAGAGAAGCCUCAACCAGUGAAAGUCCAAAAAACACCAAAACCUAUCGCUUCUUCUAUUGGCGAACCUAAGAAAGUACCUGUACCUGCACCAGCACCAAAAACGACUCAACGGUUGGCUUCAUUAAAAGAUUUAAAGCAUCCACGUACCACCAUUGAGAUGAAGAAGCCUAUUCUUUUACUGCCAACAAAACCAAAGAAGAAGUUUUCCAGAAUUUUUGAUAGUAGUGAUGAUGAUUCAAGUGAGAGUGAAAGUGAUAGUGACAGUGAGGUGCCCAUGUCUCAAUUGAAAGUUGGACGAGCUCCAAAACGUUCUACACAAGCUACAAAGCCGCCAGUUAAAAGUGAUACCUCCUCCAGUGAUGAUAGCAGUGAUGAUGGUAGUGAAGGUAGUAGUGAUGAUAGCAGUAAAGGUAGUAGUGAUGAUAGUAGUUCUGGUGACAGCUCCAGCGACAGCAGCUCCAGUGACAGCAGCUCAAGUGAGGAAAGUUCCAGCGAUGAAAGUAGUUAG